ACACGUAGCAGAAGCAGUAGUGCGAGGUGGCUCGCGGCAUACUAGGAUACUUAGCUUACUAGGAGUCGGAGCUACUUCUUGUCUGUUUUAACCAACACACCAACGAUAAGUGCGAACAUGGAAAACGUCAUGAAGUACAUUUGUCUUUUAAUGUGUUUUAGCCCUGUCUUUGCUGAAAUUAUCUGUGACGAUCAAACUCAGUAUAAGAAGGAUGGAAAAUGCUGCAAAAUGUGCGAGCCAGGGACAUCGAUGGCAUUAAGUAACUGCCAAAACCCAAUCUGUAAUCCCUGUGGAAAGGACGGGUACAUGGACUCUUACAACAAUGAAACAAACUGCCGCAGACAGCCCUACUGUGAUGAAAACCUCAACUUCAACGUGUCACUGUCGCCAAGCCCAACCAACUACAGACCCUGCGUGUGCAAGACCGGAUACCACUGUUCAUCAGCGCAGUGCUUUACAUGCUUGAACCACACGGUGUGCAAACCUGGAGAGGGAGUAGUCAGCCAAGGCACUGCCAUAGCUGACGUGGUCUGUGGACCCUGCCAAUUGGGAACCUUCUCCAGCCAGACAUCAGCAGUCGAUGCAUGCAGACCAUGGACAAAUUGUCCACCUGGGAUGUCUGAAAAAGUACCAGGGACCAAUAUAUCAGACAGAGUGUGUGAGGACGAAAGGAGGUGGCGAUAUUUCGUAAUCCCUGUUGUUGUCACUGUUUUUUUUGCUGCAGUUUGUUUCAUUUUUUAUACACUGAAGGAUAAACUAAAGAGACUGCUUUUAUGCAGUCAGAAGAAAAAACCUCAAGUAGAUCAUAUCUUGGACCAAAAGGAGCCUAAAAAGAAUGCUGAGGAGAAUGAAUACAACCAAGACCAUCUGACAGAAAAUAACAACCCAUUGGCCCAAGAGGAAGGCAAGGGGGAGCACACGCCCAUGAUGGAAUCGAGUCCCGUGUGAAGCAGCCUGCCUGCUGCCUGGAUCUUACCCCGGCGCUGCAGAGAUGCCUCCCUUUAAAUAUGAUGUAACAAAGACAAAAGACCAUGGGCCCUAAUUUAAUGAUCUGAAGUUCAUUUUGGGGCCCAACCCACUUUUACUACUUUAACGGUAGAAAGAUAGUUACAGCACCAGGUGCAUGGUCCAAAAGGGUUGUUCUUAGUUACGCAAUUAGUCAUGUUUGGGCCGUAACAUGCUAUAAACCAAUCUGAGUGUCAUUUCGCAUUUCCUUUAAAAGCCAGUGUGCUCGCACCUUAACCAAUCGCCGAUAUAAUGGCAGAUUGGCCAGGUAGUACAAAAGAAUGCUGCUCUGCCAUUUUGUGGCAAAUGUAAAAAAUGGCCAGAUGACUUUUUUUUUGUCAUGCGUCAUAUUGUGUAAUAAUAAUAUCUAAUAAUAUUAUUUAUCUGAUAAUAUUUAUCAGGGGCGGUUCUAGGAUUAGGCCCAUUGGGGGGGGGGGCAGUUUUUAGAACCGCCUAUGAUAUUUAUUGCAUGAUUAAUAGAAACUAGGUCGUCUUGCCGAAUUUGCUUUUAUCACAUAGCCUGAUCCUUCAGUAUGUACUGCUUAGAGCAGCGAUGCCCAUUCCAGUCCUGGGGGACCUGCCAAGUCGGUCCACGUCUUUGCUCCCUCCCAGCUCCCAGUAGAGCGUACAUAGCAGUACAUAGUACAGAGAAAUUAAAAUAUUGUGAACAUCUUAAAGUAAAAAGCGGGUGAUUUUCUGCUCUAACUGAUGACCAUGUUGUGGGCCGUUUCGUAAAAAUGUCACCAAAAAACAGGAUGGUUUUAGUUAACUGGUCCAAACUGGUUUUUGGCAUUUCCGUUUCUGAUUGAACGGUGUUUUAUUUUGUUGCCAUGUAACUUUAGGUCAGCAAAGAAGUAUUUGCAUAACAUAGCUAUGCUGGUCUGGUGAUACAGCUAUGACGCUCAGACGCAGUAGCUACGGCAUGCAGCAUUGCUUCCUAGCCACUGCGAUUCAGCCCAGCCAAAACAAUGGCAGCAAUAUAUUUGCAUGCGUUUACUGCGAUUCCAUGUGUCAGUCUUGGUCUUCAAGGAGCAGAAGUUUGAAAAUGAGACAAUCUAUGUACUGCCAUAACAUGCACUGUCCACAUGGGGGUGCUAUAUUCCACCUUGAAACCUCGUAGCAAAGCAUUACCAACAAUGCUUAGGAGAUGCCUUUCUGUAAGUGUGGACAUAAUCAUAGUCACAGUCAUUUAUGUCAAUCAUGGUUGCUUUUUUAUAUAUACAUUUUCAUUAUAUAUAGUGCAUGUGCAUUUGUUGAUGUUUUUUGUUGUUGUUCUCAGCAUCUCAAAAUGUUCAGACAUUUUGAUGUGCAUAUUUAUACCAAUACAAAUUUUCAUCAUUGCUCAGUCCUAUGAAAUGUACUUCUGUUGCGUAAACUUUGUGUGACUUUAAUUUUCUUCUUGUGACAAAUACAUUAUUGAUGUGUGCUGCUUUUCACUUUAAUAUUAAAUAUUGUAAUGAUACCAAUAAACUAUUCUGCUUAUGUUAAACUA